AGAGAUACCCUUCUCUUUCACAUUCACCCCCAAAACUCAAACUCAUAUCGAUCCGUUAAAUCUGAAAAUCCUGAUUGAUCGGACGGCCACCGUCUUCCGAUGGAAAACUCACCGGCCGCCGGCAUCUCUUCUCUGACGGAGCAAGCCAAGGAGCUGCAGGAGACCGCCUCGUCCCUCAUCUCCCGCACCUCCCGUGAGGAGGACGCGCUCCGCCAGCGCGUCGCCGCACUCGACGCCCGCAUCAGCUCUCUCCGCUCAUCCCUGCGCGGCUCCAAGGAUUUCGAUAAACUUGAUGAGGAGCUGACGAGAGUGAGGUAUAUACUGAGUGAGGGGGAUGCAGCGGCAUUCCUUCCGAGCAAAUCUCAUGGGAGGUUUCUGAGGAUGUUUUUGGGGCCUAUUAAUGUGAGAGCUAAUAGGAAGGAUGUGCAGUUGAAAGUGAAAGAGGAAUACAAUAAUUUCAGGGAUAGAACAGCAUUUUUGUUCCUCUGUUUGCCAUCGUUAUUACUUAUUUUAAGGUCAUGGAUUUGGGGUGGAUGCUUACCAGCAUUACCAGUUCAACUUUACCAGGCAUGGUUGCUAUAUCUCUACACUGGUUUGGCUUUGAGAGAAAACAUCUUAAGAGUUAAUGGAAGUGAUAUACGUCCUUGGUGGAUUAAACAUCAUUAUUUUGCCAUGGCUAUGGCUCUCAUCAGUCUAACUUGGGAAAUAGACCAAGGGCCUGACUGUGCUAAAAGACAGAUAGGUGUACAACUAUUUCUGAAAUGGGCAAUAAUGCAAGGAGUUGCAAUGAUUCUUCAGAACAGAUACCAAAGACAAAGACUUUAUACACGUAUUGCACUUGGCAAGGCUAGGAGGAUGGAUGUUGUUUGGGGAGAAACUGCCGGAGUUGAGGGCCAGCUACUUCUGCUAUGCCCGAUACUUUUUGUUUUGCAGGGAUUUGAAGCCUAUGUUGGUGUGUUGUUGCUUAAUACUUCUCUGAAUGGAUCCAAUUUGGAUUGGCAGGUAAUUACAUGCGGGGUUCUUCUCAUAGUCAUGGCUGUUGGAAAUUUUGCUAACACGGUGCAGACCCUAAUAACGAAAUCUAAGGUUAAGGCAAAAAUCAAGAGAGGUAAAAGCAGGCAAGAGCUGCAUCAACUGAAUCAUGGAUCAGAUGACAAGAGUUCGUAAACAGCUCGCUGUACCAAGUUUGCUUAUUUGUGCAGUUUCUUUCCUCACAGCAGGUUUUUGGCCUUUUAAUGUUUGUAAACUGUCAAGCUGUUUUAUGAUAGUAAACUUGAAUACUAGGAGUUAGAAAUCCAUAUUUGUCAUAGGAUUUCUACACUGUUUUGGUUUCAUAUAGAGAGCUUUAUCUACA